CGCUCUCUCAAAUCCAACCCUCCGUUCUCCAUUUUGCAUUUCUCUUUCAAAAACCCCAAAAUUUAAGGUAAACAACAAAUAAAAAUGGGGCUCCCGGCAAAUGGCUCAUCUGAGAAACCAUUGAAGUUUCUGAUCUAUGGUCGAACCGGUUGGAUCGGCGGUUUGUUAGGCAAACUAUGCGAAUCCAAGGGAAUCGACUACCAGUACGGCUCAGGCCGGCUCGAGAAUCGGCUGUCUCUCGAGUCCGACAUAGCCUCCGUGAAACCAACCCACGUCUUCAAUGCCGCUGGAGUCACCGGGCGUCCAAACGUCGACUGGUGUGAAUCCCAUAAGGUCGAGACCAUCAGAACCAAUGUGGUCGGGACUCUUACCCUGGCUGACGUGUGCAGAGACAAUGGCCUUGUCUUGAUUAAUUAUGCUACGGGUUGCAUCUUUGAGUACGAUGCAGAUCAUCCGAUCGAAUCGGGUGUCGGGUUUAAGGAAGGGGAUAGUCCAAAUUUCACGGGUUCCUUCUAUUCUAAGACUAAGGCUAUGGUGGAGGAGCUGCUCAAGAAUUAUGAGAAUGUUUGUACGUUGCGUGUGAGGAUGCCUAUUUCAUCGGAUCUAGCGAAUCCUCGAAAUUUCAUCACCAAAAUCACUAGAUAUGAUAAGGUGGUCAACAUUCCUAACUCAAUGACUAUCCUGGACGAACUUCUUCCCAUUUCCAUUGAGAUGGCUAAGAGGAACCUUACUGGAAUCUGGAACUUUACCAACCCGGGAGUGGUCAGUCACAAUGAGAUUUUAGAAAUGUACCGUGACUACAUUGACUCCAACUUCUCAUGGAAGAACUUUACUCUUGAAGAGCAGGCUAAGGUAAUCAUUGCCCCAAGGAGCAAUAACGAACUCGAUGCCAACAAGUUGAAGAAUGAAUUCCCAGAACUCCUGUCCAUUAAGGAGUCUCUUGUUAAGUAUGUGUUUGAGCCAAAUAAGAAGACUCGUGGAGCUUGACCCCAGUUAAGUUGAAGCAGAUUUCCCUGAGGUCUUGUCUGUUAGGGAGUGCCUCAUAAGGUUUGUCUUCAGGGUGAAUCAAGAGACUAGUGGAGCUUGAAAAUUUUAGGCUUUGAAUUCUUUGAUUAUCCUUUUUCUAUUUAUUGAAUUUGGUUCAUGUGGGUUGAUGUGAUAUCUCUGCAAUAGGCACCUCUUCCCAGAUGACACGAAGAAUUGUUGGUAUUUGUAUUUGAAUGUUGUAUUCAUAUCCACGUUUGAAUAAAUCAGUUGAAAAUGAUUUAUCUAGUUAUAAAUUA